UGAGGCGGUCGGAGGUGGUUGGGGCUGGGUGGGAGGAGAUCCGCUCGCACACACGAGGAGGGUUGAGCCGCUGCCGUCGCCGUCGUCGUCGUGAGUGCGGAGUCGGGGCUGGAGCUGCUGCCGCGACGACGCCGGGGACUGUGCCGCUAGCCCCCGGGCUUUCUGCCUCGCCGCUUCCCUGGGUCAGCGCGGCCUGCUCCUCCCCGGCCCAUAGCCCCCGCCUCCAUUUCCCGCCCUCUCUUUACCACACACACGGCCCCCCCGAUCAUGGAUCCUGGCAGUGGUGGCGGCGGUGGCGGCGGUGGCGGCGGCGGGAGCAGCAGCAGCAGCGACUCAGCACCGGACUGCUGGGACCAGGCAGACAUGGAAGCCCCCGGGCCGGGCCCGUGCGGCGGCGCCGGCGGUCCCUUGGCGGCGGCGGCCGAGGCCCAGCGUGAGCACCUCAGCGCGGCCUUCAGCCGGCAACUCAACGUCAACGCCAAGCCCUUCGUGCCCAACGUCCACGCCGCCGAGUUCGUGCCGUCCUUCCUGCGGGGCCCGGCCCAGUCGCCGGCAUCCCCAGCUGGCGCCGCCGCCAACAACCACGGAGCCGGCAGCGGCGCGGGAGGCCCUUCGGCACCUGUGGAACCUUCUCAAGAGGAACAGUCAUUGUUGUGUGAAGGUUCAAAUUCAGCUGUUAGCAUGGAACUUUCAGAACCUGUUGUAGAAAACGGGGAGACAGAAAUGUCCCCAGAAGAAUCAUGGGAGCACAAAGAAGAAAUAAGUGAAGCAGAGCCAGGGAGUGGUUCCUUGGGAGAUGGAAGGCCCACAGAGGAAAGUGCCCAGGAAAUGAUGGAGGAGGAAGAGGAAAUACCAAAACCUAAAUCUGUGGUUGCACCGCCAGGUGCUCCUAAGAAAGAACACGUAAAUGUAGUAUUCAUUGGGCAUGUAGAUGCUGGCAAGUCAACCAUUGGAGGACAAAUAAUGUAUUUGACUGGAAUGGUUGACAAAAGGACACUUGAGAAAUAUGAAAGAGAAGCUAAAGAAAAAAACAGAGAAACUUGGUACUUAUCUUGGGCCUUAGACACAAACCAGGAAGAACGAGACAAGGGUAAAACAGUAGAAGUGGGUCGUGCCUAUUUUGAAACGGAAAAGAAGCAUUUUACAAUUCUAGAUGCCCCUGGCCACAAGAGUUUUGUCCCAAAUAUGAUUGGUGGUGCUUCUCAAGCAGAUUUGGCUGUACUGGUAAUCUCCGCCAGGAAAGGAGAGUUUGAAACUGGAUUUGAAAAAGGAGGACAGACUAGAGAACAUGCAAUGUUGGCAAAGACAGCAGGUGUAAAACACUUAAUUGUGCUUAUUAAUAAGAUGGAUGAUCCAACAGUAAAUUGGAGCAAUGAGAGAUAUGAAGAAUGUAAAGAGAAACUAGUGCCAUUUUUGAAAAAAGUUGGCUUCAAUCCCAAAAAGGACAUUCACUUCAUGCCCUGCUCAGGACUGACUGGAGCAAAUCUUAAAGAGCAAUCAGAUUUCUGUCCUUGGUACAUUGGAUUACCAUUUAUUCCAUAUCUGGAUAAUUUGCCAAACUUCAAUAGAUCAGUUGAUGGACCAAUCAGGCUGCCAAUUGUGGAUAAGUACAAGGAUAUGGGCACUGUGGUCCUGGGAAAGCUAGAAUCAGGAUCUAUUUGUAAAGGUCAGCAGCUUGUUAUGAUGCCAAACAAGCACAACGUGGAAGUUCUUGGAAUCCUUUCCGAUGAUGUAGAAACUGAUUCUGUAGCCCCAGGUGAAAACCUCAAAAUCAGACUGAAAGGAAUUGAAGAGGAGGAGAUUCUUCCAGGGUUCAUACUUUGUGAUCCUAAUAAUCUUUGUCAUUCUGGUCGCACAUUUGAUGCCCAGAUAGUGAUUAUAGAGCACAAAUCCAUCAUCUGCCCAGGUUAUAAUGCGGUGCUGCAUAUCCAUACCUGUAUUGAAGAAGUCGAAAUAACAGCCUUAAUCUGCUUGGUAGACAAAAAAUCAGGAGAAAAAAGUAAGACUCGACCCCGUUUUGUGAAACAAGAUCAAGUAUGCAUUGCCCGCUUGAGAACAGCAGGAACCAUCUGCCUUGAGACCUUUAAAGACUUCCCUCAGAUGGGUCGUUUUACUCUAAGAGAUGAGGGUAAGACCAUUGCAAUUGGAAAAGUUCUGAAACUGGUUCCAGAGAAAGACUAAGCAUUUUCUUGAUGACGCUGCACAAUACUGUGAGGAAAAUUGACUGCAAAAGCCUACUUCACACCGCCUACUCUUAUUUUCUGCCCAUUGACAAACCUCUCCCCAUGUUUUGCAAAGACAAAAAUUCACAGCAAAAGUCCACAUUAUGUCAGCUUUCUCAUAUUGAGAGCUCUGCUAUGCCACUGUUGAAUUUUUCCCAAGAUUUUUUUCUUCCCCUCUCAAACUCUGCUUCCUUGGACAGAUUUGGCAAUAGCUUUGUAAGUGAUGUGGACAUUAUUGCCUACAAUAAUGAAAACCUACCAGGAAUUUUUUUAUUUUUCAUUUCCCCUUAGGCAUACUUAGUCUUGUUUUCCCCCAGGCAGAUCAUUCUGAGUGUGCGAGUGUGUGUGCACAUGUUACAAAGACAACUACCAUGUUAAUAAAAUAUUCAAUUUGAAACCCUUUUCGGUAUUUGAAUUGCUUUUGAAUAAUGUUUUUUAUCUGGAUGUAACAUUGUUGCAUUAGCUUUUUAACUUUACCAAGUAAUUGAGUACAUUUUAUUACUUGGACUUUUCUAAACUUUCCUUAUCCACUACUUUAAAUGAGGCAUUUACAAACAAUGUUCAAGUUUGUAUUAAAAGAAAAUUAGUUUGACCCCUUCUUUUGAUGGUUAAUGCAUACAUACAAUAUCUUUAUGCAACUGUGACACUGCUUUAUUAGGUCUACCAGUUUCUGCCCAUUUAUAUUUUAACAUGAUUUCUUAAACACAGUAAUUGGUUUUAAAAUACAAGAACAGCAUACUGUAGUUUUUAUAAGUAUAAAGCAUAAUAAAAUUGUACCCCUACAAAAAAUUCCAUUAACUUGUUAAAUUAAUGGAAUUUACAAUAAAGACAGCAUGUUGAGACCUGGCAGAAAUGCCUCCUUUAGUAUCUGUAAGAGCUGCAUGCAUCUAAUAUGAAAACUGUAUCAACUGCAAGUGCCAGUUCUACAAAUUACUCAGUUUAUUGUUUGUUUGUAUUAGUAAUUUUAAAGGCUGGAUGAUCCUUGCUGAUUAAAGCUAAAUCUCAUCCAGCAACUAAAUGAACACAUUUUUAGAACCAUCAGAAUCUGCACAGACUAAAGUUAACAGUGAUAAAUAGAAUCAAGCACAGUGUAAGUUUUUCUCAAUUUUUCGAAAUUGACUUUUUUCUUGAAAUUUGCUAAAUUAUGAUUUGGAUGAACCGCAAUGCAGCAUUGUGGAUUUUAGAUCAAAGGCUGACUUUCUGUUAUAACUGUGUCACAACUUUGAAAUUUUUUAAUGAGAAUAAAUGGGGAAUGGAAGGGACACUUUCUGGGUUUAUUGGAUGUCCCCUUUAUCAAAGACUUGGCCUCUUUUAGAUUCAUUUAUCUCUAAAUAAGAUGAUACUUUGUAAUUGUGUAUUUAAUGACAUGUCCCUUCCCUGUAAUCUUCUGCCUCAGAAAAGAAAAGCCUAGUCAGACUGCAUUUAUUUCCAGUCACAAAACAUAAAAAUUAAUCUAAUCCUGUUCUCUUAACUGUAAAAUUGCCAUUCAUUUCAUGAAUGAGGCCACAUCUUAUGGACAGAGCAUAGCUACUGUCCUGCAGCGUCCUAUAACUAUACUCAUGGCUAUUAAAAUUGCAUGAAAUUUAAAUAAAUUUUAUUAUGUCUGCAAAUCUCUGGGCUUUUAUUUUUCUGGGAUAUGUGGGAGCUUUAAUCAGUGCAUAGUAACUCUUUUUCCACUUCCAAGUUAAUAAGAACAAAAUACUAGCAAUUGCUUGGAUUUUAAUGAAUCUUUAAAAGCUCAAGAGUCAUUGAAAUUAAUUCCAGAGAUAGAGUUCCAUUUUUAAAUUGAACACAUUUUUUAAAAACCAGUUAUGUUUGCUAUUAAAACAUUUACACUUUUAGGAUAUUAUGUGCAUGUUGCCAAGACUCAAGUAAAAUGACAUGGAUAUCAACUGUGAAGGGCCUACCUCUUAAAAAAAAAAAGAAUAAUUAUGAAAUAAAAAUUUCAAUGGAUUCUUGUACAUUUAUGCAAAUAAGAUUAUUUAGAAGAAACCUCAUUGUUAAUUUAACCAACACCAUACAUUUUUGUGGGCUUUGAAGUUCUUUGGGAAGAAUGCUCACUUAAACUUGAUGCAUUUUAAACUCAUUACACUGCCUGGUUACUUGGAUGGGCAAAUAUAAUGUCUGAAGUGAACUGGCAGUGUGUGGAGAUGUUGGGCCUUUAAAAAGCAAUACAGAUUCCUAUACUGUUAUUUUGUCUUCUGUAAGUACAAACGUGUUUAUAUUGUUGACAAGGCAAAAAUAGGGUAAUUGGCUGCAAACUUAGGAUAUUACAGACCUAAACAUUUUUUUCCUCUUUAGCAUAGAUAUGUUAGAAUCACAAUUUUCUUUGCAUUAAUGAUGUUCUUUAUACAGCUUUCAUGAUAUAUUAUUUAAUUAUAGUUUUUUAAAUUAAUGAAUUUAAGAAAGAUAUUGAAAUAAACAUCUAAGUAAUGGCCAUUUUAAAUCCUAUUUCUUACUGUGGGAGAAGGGGAAAUAUAGCAUUUGCUUCUUGUUUUUAAUUUGCAAACAGAACUUAUCCAAUGAAAAUUAUGUAAAAUCAAACCAAAAGAGAUGGACUGAGUAUAUAUAAUGCCAUGAAACUAAGUGACAAAUAGUAAAGUGUUCUUGAGUAAAUAAGCCCAUGUAUAUUUGUUUUGAAUUGAAAGUCUUGAAAUAUGUAAUAAUUGAAUGUAAAAACUUUGUAAAUUAUAAAAGAAUACAGGUUGUUCACUGUAACAAGAGGUAAUUCAUACUUGUCUGCUAGUUACAUCAACUACAAGAACUGCUUUUACAAUAUGGGAUGGACUUUGAACGUGAUGCAACUGAACAGUUACAGGCAUCCUCAGCUGAAGUACUGCAGAUAUUCUGGGUCAUACUUUCAACCAGCCGCAGUUUUGCAACCCAAGAAAAAGGUGAACUUAUGGUCAAAAACUGCUUCCAUGAUGAAUUUUUGAAAAAAAUCAACUAAACAACUCCCUGGCAAUCUUCAGAAAACACUAGUUGUGACUGUAAUUACUCCGUGGUCUUUGAUGGCUGUUCCACAUGACAGCACUCUAGCACCUUUCCUCAUUGGCAUGGACUUCCUCGUGGACUGCUGCUUCGUGGAUGACAGCUUCACUGCUUUGGGUAGGAAUUUAAGGUAGUCGAGGGACAGUUUUUAUUGUAGCUCUUAACACCACGCAACUUUCAGCUUUUAAAAACCCUUUGUGAAAAUUCUGGUAACAGCACUAUAGCUCUGACUGUAGGAUGACUAAAUUUUCAGCGUUGGCCUAUCUUAUCAGAAUAAACUGUGCCAUUAAUCCUCUCACAGACAUAUACACGUAAGGUAGAUAGCAAUCAACAGAAUUUAGGGGACGAUUUUCUGUCUCCAAAUAAUAUGGCUUAUAUUUCCUCCAGCUAAUUUUUCAGUGAUUAUAGCAGAUGCCAUCUAAUACAUUUAUGAUCUUGUUUCUUUCUCUAGAAAUCUUGCCAUGGCAGCAACUUGUUAUAUAAAUGUAAUUACAUGUGCACAACUUUGAGUUCAAAGACUUAGUAGGUUUAAAUUUAGCAGUCAGUUGGUUAUAUUAGAUUUCAUAGUAAAUGGAAUAGGAAGUGUUAUUUUCCUGUAGUUCAGUGGAUUCCAUUUGAACCAAUUUACUGCCAAAUUUCAGGUAGGGUAAAUCUGGUUCAACUAGUGAUGGUUUUGGCUCUAGGAUAUUCUUAAAUUUCAAUAUCCUAGAACAUAUUGAGUCUUCCCUUCAGUAAAUACACUUUUCACAUACCUCUAAUCCUAUGCUUCCUUGAAACAGUAAUGUGCUAGCUGAGUUGUUUACUAAGAAAUGUUUUAAGGGCCUGGAGGUGUGGGAGUGUUGGAGUGUUCUCCAAAAUAAGGGAGAAGCAGAUAGGCACCAUGUCUGAUUAGGCAGAAAAUUAGGCAGGAUUUCUUCAUCAAUUCUCAGAACGGUAAUUGUCUUUUCUGCCUUGCCACACAUGCCACUGUGCCCUUUAAACCUCAGGUUUGUGGACAGCAAAGGUAGAAUUACAUUUUGUGCUUCCUGAGGCUACCCUCUGCCAGGCACAUUACCUUAGUGCUUCAGAUGUCAGCCCAAGUCCCUGCUACCUCCUUACCUGCUGCCCGGGAAGAGUGUUUGUGCUGGAGCUGGAGCUCCUGCACUCCUCAGGUGACCAUCCACAUGCAUUAGGUGAAAACUGAGGUCUGAGCCCAGAAGGUCUACAUUUUAAGGACUCACAUGGGGCUCUCAGAAAUUGACACACCUCUUAGUUAACUAGUUUCUUCUCUUUGCUCUAAAACAAAUGUGGCUCUCUCUCAGGCCAGGAUUUAGUGACUAGUUUUCACUAGACAGCAGGUUAAUACCUAGCUCUCAUUUUUUAAAAAGCAGAAUUAAAGGGAACUGAUUAGGUUUGCUGGGUUUUUAACCUAAUUCCAAAGCAUGGCAGAAUGCUCUAGGUAGGAAUUAUGGGAAUCCAAGGUAAAGAAACCUUUUUCUUAUGAUUUGUAGCUACCUACUGUGCCUGACUUGGUGCCUGUGUGAGGAUUAAGCCCUUAGUCUGCUCUUGCAAUUAUUCAAAUGACCGAAGUUAAAAAAAUUUGCUUUUGUAAUAACAAUAAAAAUUGUCAUCUUCCCUUUUGAA